CUCUGUGACGCGUCGCUCUUCGCCGCUCCAGCUCAGCCGAAUCGCACAUACCGGGCGAGUCUCCGAGGUGCUGCCAGGUAUCCGCGCGGGAGUUAUUGACCCUGAAGACCAUCCCAAGAUCUCGGGAUUGCAGUCUGUAUUCCUAUCUGAACUGUGGGAAGGGCAGUUGACAGAUCUGUGACAUUCCUGCUUGAAGGGCACGAUGCUUUCCAAACUGGCCCGUUUCCAGCCCAUUGCUGUGCUUCGUCGGGGAGUUCACUCAUCGGUGGCUUCGGUUACAUCUGUUGCGACUAAAAAAACAGUCGGAGGCCCUGCUCUGUCCUCUGAUUACGUUUUUGAACGGGAAUCUAAAUAUGGUGCUCACAACUACCAUCCUUUACCUGUAGCCCUGGAGAGAGGGAAAGGCAUUUACGUGUGGGAUGUAGAAGGCAGAAAGUACUUUGACUUCCUGAGCGCUUACAGCGCGGUCAACCAGGGCCACUGCCACCCGAAGAUUGUGGACGCCCUGCAGAGUCAAGCCGCCAAGCUGACCCUGACGUCUCGGGCUUUCUACAGCGCGGUGCUGGGGGAGUAUGAAGAGCGCAUCACGAAGCUUUUCAACUACCACAAAGUUCUUCCGAUGAAUACAGGCGUGGAGGCUGGGGAGACCGCCUGCAAACUUGCUCGGAGGUGGGGCUACACCGUUAAGGGCAUCCCCAAGUACAAAGCCAAGAUCAUCUUUGCAGCUGGAAACUUCUGGGGUAGAACUAUGUCCGCCAUCUCCAGUUCCACAGACCCCAGCAGUUACGAAGGCUUUGGGCCGUUUAUGCCAGGUUUUGAAAUCAUUCCGUACAACGACCUGCCCGCUCUUGAGCGUGCUCUUCAGGAUCCAAACGUUGCCGGGUUCAUGGUAGAACCAAUUCAGGGUGAAGCGGGCGUUAUUGUUCCCGACCCAGGCUACCUGGUGGGCGUGCGAGAGCUCUGCACCCAGCACCAGGUUCUGUUUAUUGCCGAUGAGAUACAGACAGGAUUGGCCAGAACUGGUAGGUGGCUGGCCGUUGACCACGAGAAUGUCAGGCCUGAUCUGAUCCUCCUUGGAAAGGCACUUUCUGGUGGCUUAUACCCAGUGUCUGCGGUCUUGUGUGACAAUGACAUAAUGCUGACCAUUAAGCCCGGGGAGCACGGGUCAACGUACGGGGGCAACCCUCUGGGCUGCCGCGUGGCCAUCGCAGCCCUCGAGGUUUUGGAAGAAGAAAACCUUGCUGAAAAUGCAGACAGAAUGGGUGCCAUCCUGAGAAAUGAGCUGAUGAAGCUGCCUUCCGACAUUGUAACUGCCGUGCGGGGCAAAGGGCUACUCAACGCCAUUGUUAUCCGAGAAACCAAAGACUACGACGCGUGGAAGGUGUGCCUGCGACUUCGAGACAACGGACUCCUGGCCAAGCCGACACACGGCGACAUCAUCAGGCUGGCGCCCCCGCUCGUGAUCAAGGAGGACGAGAUUCAGGAGUCCGUGGAAAUCAUCAACAAGACCAUCCUGUCUUUCUGAGGGCGGGGGCGGCUCUGCUACCAUCCUCAGGCCUCUAGCUUAGGGGUCUAGCUUCAAGGACUUUUUUUUAAUAUGUGUAUUUUUCAGUUCAUACAUACGAGCAUGACAUUCAUAAUCAUGCCGUUUGCCGUGUAAGGGAAUGGGACGGCGCCUGCAUUCGGUGUGGCGCGUGCUUCCUAAGGUGGGACUUCUCUGUACAUAGGCAGCCUCCUGAUCGAGCCCCGUACAAUUUAUUUACGUCUUUAUCGUUUUCUAGCUGGUGUAAAUGUAUUAUUUUUCAAAAGUUAUAUAGGAGACUGGUUUUAUAUAGGAGGCUGGUUUAACCUUUUAAAGUAGAAUCAUAAUUGUUGACUUUUAGGAAAGAUUAAAUGGUUAAAUAAACUAUUAGAUUGAAAUAAAGUUCAUAUGAGCCCACACCAGGAUGGGUGUCCUUAUUUUGAAUUAAGAAUUAUUAUUUUUAACAUUCCUAAAUUAUGUUCCCAGUGUUGGUAAAACUUGUACAAAAUGCUUAUUAUCAAGUAGUUGUUCUUUAAAUUUAAAAUAAAGCCUGUAUUUGAAAUGCC